UCCGUCCACUUCCCACCUUCUCUCACCUCGCACGCCUUUGCAGCGCGUCUUUUCCGUGCCACAGUAUGAAUUCUAGUCUUUCCAUUGCUCACCCUAGCCACUCGGACGUGCGAAACGAUCCUUAAAUCACAAUACUUUCGCUUCGCGAUCUUGACCUCGUUUGCUGUAUGGACUUAUCAAGGAGGCUGUGACGGCCGAGAGAGCGAGACAGCGCAACUCGGGGCUCGGCUGAAAUUCUUCAUGCCGAGAGGAGCAUGCUGCUGAAAAUUUCUUAGUUUUGGUGUGAAAAAUUCGGAAAGUAGCAGAAGCUUUUGUUUGCAGCAAGAAGUAGACGUACUAGAGGAGGGUGUUGCAUAUUAGAUCUGGAGUGUCAACUAGAAAUAACCGUUUAUUAUGGACUUUGAUGACUAUGAACAGCUCCCGACCGCCAGUGUUUCAACCCAUAUGAUGGCUGGAGCCAUCGCUGGGGUAAUGGAACACUGCAUAAUGUACCCCUUGGACUCUGUCAAGACCCGCAUGCAGAGUCUAACACCAAAUGCGGGCCACGUCCAAAGUGUCACGGGUGUGUUGUCACGAAUGGUGCGAGUGGAGGGUGUAAAUCGAAUGGUUCGUGGAAUGGGUCCAGUAGUGUGUGGGGCUGGCCCAGCUCAUGCCCUCUAUUUCUCAUGCUAUGAGGCUGUCAAGGAAACUCUCACACACAGAAAUACUUUAAACAACCACCUUGCCUACUUUGCUGCUGGGAGCGUUGCCACCAUAAUUCAUGACUCUGUAAUGACACCAGUUGAUGUGGUGAAACAAAGACUUCAAAUGUACAAUAGCCCAUACAAUAAUAUGCUGCACGCUGCCAAAAACAUCUGGAAGCAAGAAGGAAUCUGGGCAUUCUAUAAAUCUUACACCACUCAAUUGAGUAUGAAUAUCCCAUUUCAGAGUAUUCACUUUGUAAUGUAUGAGUUUUGUCAAAGUAUUACUAACAAGGAUAGGUCAUACAAUCCUAAGGCUCAUAUGGUGUCAGGAGGUAUUGCAGGAGGAGUGGCUGCUGCUAUAACAACUCCCCUUGAUGUUUGUAAAACACUUUUAAAUACUCAACAAGCAGCGAAAACAGAUGGCUUUCUCGAAGCUGUCCGAACAGUUUAUCGGUUAGGAGGUUUACAAGGCUUUUUCCGAGGUUUGGUUGCAAGGGUCUUAUUUGUAUGUCCAUCUACUGCAAUUUGCUGGUCUACCUAUGAACUUUUUAAGUAUUUGUUGCAAAAUGAGAAUGAAGAGAGAGUUGAGGAAAUCAUUGGCAGCAAUCCAGGGUCUGUUGUAAAAUCUGCUGUUAGUAGUACAGCCUUAUAUGUACCUUUCCAGACUGUGUCGGCAAUGCAUAGGCCUGAUGAGAAUGUCAUUCCAGCACCCCCUUGAUCGAUUUUCCUCUCGCUAGCCUUAGAUAGAAGCAAAAGCUUCUUAUGUAUUGUUUAGCUCUAGGAAUAUGACAUGAUGGGAUAACAUCUAUCAUUCCCAGGAAGUUUUCUCUUUCAUUUCUGCUGUUCUUUUUCACUAUCACCACAUUCUGUUCCUAUGCGUAUCAGAAUUGUUUCAUUCUAUAAGAUCUACCUUGCAAUAUUCUAUUAUAUUCUUUAAGGACUUGGAUAAUAUUUUCUAGUUUCUGAGUUAGCUGUGAUUUGCUCUCAGUCUAAAUUAAGAGUUAUUUCUAAAUGUACAAUACCUGGAGUUGAUUACGUACUCACAAAUUUGAUGGUGGCUCAGUUUUACCCGUAACUUUUUGUUAGUAGCCUUGUUUUUUUCUGUUUUUUUUUCCUUGACUUACAUGCAUGCAAAUUAUAAAUAUGUUCAAGUUAAUUUUAGAUAGUUUGAAAUUUACAUCUCGUUUGUACACAGCCUUGGACGUAAAUAAUUCUUUCUAUUCAGUAACAACUAGAACUGCAGCAACAGCUUUUCUCAAAUAUUUAAUCUAUCUUAGAAAAGUGAUGUUACUACUGUGUUCAGACAAUAAGCUUUUGUUUGUUUUUGUAUUAAUUUAAUCUUCAAAAACAAUUGUGUAGCAGGCCUCUCCCUAAGGUUUUGGUAGGAAAAGUUCAUCCUGCUGUGAAGUAUGCGAAUUUACAUUUGAUCUCAUAUCACUCACUAUCACACGAUUUUGGGAUGUUAUUUUAUCUAUCUUCUCAAGCUUACAUAUUAAGUGUUAUACUAUACAUAGUAAGCUGUAAUUGUUCAUCUGUUAUGCAUACAUAGCACUUCACAAUCAAUCCUUUCUGGAGGUUGGGAGGGUACUAAACUUAAUGUCUAUUGAAUCAAACAGUAAUAUUCUGUUCCUCAAAUAAUUUCUAUGUAAAAACAAAAACAUAUCAGUGAAUCAUUUUGUUGUUGUUAAUGUAUGGCUUACAUACAUUAAUGCAAAACUGCAGGGUAGAACCUUUUCCAUCAGAACAUUUAUGUGCAAGGCUGUGUACAGUACUGUGCUGUUGAUUCAUGGAAUAGGAACCAUAUGACAGUCUGCGUCUGCAUUGUUUACUUCCAUGUGUCAGUUAGCCUGUUUUAAGCCGUGAAGAUCACGGGAAGGACCAAACGUCAAUAUUUCGGCCAUCGGGUGUGUUAAUGUUAACUUGUUCACGGCUGGACCGUAAUAAGUAACUUAACAUUUUUGUUAAAAUUCCUUUUUCCAAAGGUCAAGUGUUGUAAAUAUCCCACAUGUUUAGACGUUGAAGACUAUGUACAGAUGUUACAUUGUAUAUAAUGGGUGAGAUGGAUUGUUUCUCAGAACCUCCCUUCUAGUGGGUCAUCUGAUUGCUGUGAUGGGGUGCGAGAAGAAAAGAUUAUAUAUUUUAUAGGUAUUCAUUUCAGUUCAAUUUUACUGGCAGUUUCAUUAUUAAAAUUUGAGAUUCUUUUAAAAUUUAGCCUUAUUACACUUAAUUUACAUUUAGCCAUUAAUAUGUAAAAGACAGUGAAAUCUACACUCUAGUACAUUUAAAAAUUGACAAUAGGAUACCUGGCUCAGCAAUGAAGAAUUUGCGUCCUAAUUGAAGUUUGUUACAAUCUUUAGCUUUUCUUUCUAUAGAAGUGUGUUUUCUUUCUUUGCAUUAGUUUUCAGCAUUAUGUUCUUGUGCAUUAUAAGUUCAUAUCAUAUACAAAACUUAACAGCUCAAUUCAAUUCUCUGUAACAUAUUCUAAGUAAGUUCUGUGUGAUAUGGCUGUCAUCUGUUUGACAAAUUCUAAAGCAAGCAGGAAAUCAACAGUUUAAAGAGAUUUAGACAGCCCAGUAGAAAUUUCCGGACUGGUACAGUUUACUUCUCUUUGGGAUUUUGACUCUAUGUAUCCAUGCUUUCAAACAUUUCUUUAUGUGAGAGGUCAUUCUUCCCAUUUUGUGUUGUUGCACUUGGUUAGUCUGUUUGUUAUUAUUGUCCCCUAAAAAAAAAAUAUCUGCGCUUUGCUUCUUAUGAUAUGUAAUUUUACUUGUGGGUUGCUUCUAAACUGACAACUCAUGAUGCCUUUUGUCUCCACUUUCCCUAUGAAAUUGUGGUACUUCACUGGAAGACGAUGCUCUGAAAGCAUGCUCACCUAUUCCUGUUUGCAUCGGACUUUUAUUCUUUUUAUCCUUUUGUUAACUUCAUAACCACUGUCAAAUUUAUCUCUCUCAUUCUGCAGGAUGGUUAGAUAUUUUUGGGCAUCAUUGUAUUUAUUUAAUUCUGAUCAUGUCAUUAUUUUACAAGUCUCAUCUCUUUAAUAAUGCUGCUUACAAUUACUGUAUUAAAGAGAGAAGAUAGGUACAUUUUAAUCACGUUUCAGAAAAAAUCAAGAUCCUAUGCACUGGAAUGUAACCUGUACAGCCAUUGCUCGUGACUCUGUUCUAAAUCAGUCAGCCCUGGAACAUUUUAUCACUUCAUUGUCUUGUGUUUAUGUAGAACAUUUGUACACUGUUUAAAAAGUCAAUUGUUAUGUAUAGUUCAAGAAACAGCAUGGCUUUCUUGCAAAUAUUAUAAAGGGUAUUUUCAGUGAUAUCAGCUGUUUCUUCUUAAGAACAUUUUAAGUUAUCAGCUACAAAUUUAGAGUACGAAAAAGGAUACUUUCCUUUGAUCUGAGGAAAGAAGAUUUACAACUACAUACUAGGCAAUAGUUUUGAAUGUGAGAGAACAAACUUUGAGGAACAGUAUCAAUGGAUCUGUUAUUUUUGCUUCUUUUUUUUAUAUCUGGGCCGCUUUUUGGUGUGUGGAUGUCAUAAUUUGGUUUCUACAUGAUAUUGUUUCCUCCGCCUCUAUAUUAGACUUAGAAAUAGUUAUAAGGUGCGUGUUGUUUUGGUGCUAACAUGAGGUCAUCUUAGAAGUUAGCUCUGCUCGAUAUGGUUUGUUUUAAUGUAGCUAGUAAUUGAACAUAGAUUGUGCAAAAAUCAACUUCAAAUCAUCAAUUGCCCACCCCAUUUUGGUAUUGCAAUGUUUCAUGCCGUAAAAUGUUUUGUUUUGGUUUCUGUAAUUGUCGCCAAUUUUUUUAUUGCUUCUGCUAUGCUAAAAUUUCAUGAUAGAUUACAAUGGGCUUUUUUUAUAGGCCUGAUGCUAAAUCAUAAAUUUAAAUUUGAAUGAAUGCUAGCUGUUAUUCAUGAUAGAUAUGUUGAAACAAUGUCAGCACUUACUGCUGGAAACAAUUUGCUUUCAUUCAUUAACAAUGCUGAACACAAUAUAGGAUACUGUAAUAGUGAAAUGAUUAAUUGAAAAUUGUUAUUGUUUUAUUUCUUCGGGCAGAGUUAUAGUGGAUUUUGAUUAUUUUAAAACUCCAAUUCAACUCGCGCAAUUAUUAAUCUGUGAUUAGGGUCUUUAUCAUGGCUUGCUUUGUGAUAUUGACUUUGAGAGGAAAGUAAUAUCAUGUUUGCACCAGCCACGACUCCAACCCAGCCACGGUCUACUCCAAUUAUUGGUGCCUGUCUGUAUUUGCCUGAAAUAAAAACAGUAUUGCUCUAUGUUCUUCAGACCUACAAUGUUUGAACAUUGGAGUGAGUGACUAGUUACACAUUUAAUAAAAAUCCUUAUGUAUGCAUA